GGUUCCGAAGAUGACCCUGGUCUCCCCGGCCCCAGUUCAGCUGCAGCUCCAGCUGCCGCUGCAGCAUCAGGAGCACCGGCGGCGGGGGCAUCAGGUGGAUCGAGGAAGCGAUCUAGCUCAAGCUCCUGCACCACGCCAAAUACUCCCAAGCAAAUGACUUUGUCCAGGUCCUUUGAGGCGGCUUCAUCUUUGAAAGAUCCCGACGGUAUGAGGAAUUUGGCGUUAAGGGAAGCUCUCCUCUACAUGAUUUGCCGUGACAACAUGCCACUCCAGACCAGUGACAAGGAGGGGUUCCGCAACUUCUGUAAAGUCGCUGUGCCGUUGUGGAAGCCACCGUCGAGGGGUACAGUGACUACACUUCUGGAAGAAAAAUACCUGAAAUGCUCUGCUUUCGUGAGGGAUACCAUUGCGGAGCUGGAUGCGUACUGCAUGACAGCCGAUAUCUGGACGGAGAAGCACACUGUGAAGAGUUACCUUGGCGUCACACUGCACUUCUUCGACAGCAAGAGCAACGCUAUGGACUCCUUCCGCCUGGGGCUCGUCCCCCUGGCCGGGGCCCACACCGCAGCCUACGUCGGGGAGCACCUGAACAGCGUGUGCUCCGAGUGGGGCAUCAUCAAGGAGCGCGUGCAGCUCUUUGUGACUGACAACGCGGAGAAUAUGAAGAAGGUUGUAAAUGACAACUUUAGGGCCGGGACGUGGCAACCGUGCUUUGCUCACACUCUAAAUUUAUGCGCCGACGCCCCUUUCAAGAAAGUGAAGGACAGGAAUGGUGUGGUAAAAGACGCAGUACCGGGUCUUGACGCGCUCAUUGCUAAAGCAAAGAAAAUAGUUACCUACACUAAGCACAGCGUGAAGACUACAGAUGAAAUGCGCAGAAUUCAGAUGGAAGACUACAACCGAUCUGAAGGGACAUGCCUGAAGCUACAGCAAGACGUCGCGACUAGGUGGAAUUCCACCUACCUUAUGCUAGACCGCUUCCUUGAAAUGUCCGAUAUUGUGAGCGCCGCACUCCUCAAAGCCAAGGAUGCGCCCGACAUGCUCUCUGGAGCUGAAAUGUUUACCUAUCGUUCGUUGCUUAAGAUUUUCAGACCUUUCUAUCAGAUAACGCUUGAACUAUCGGGGCACAAAGUUCCGACGGCGAGCAAGGUUGUGCCACUCAUCCACCUUGCAAAUGAAGCACUGUCAAGAGUCGACCCAGGGACUGACGCCAUCGCCAAGGGCACCAGGGACGUUCUGCUCGGAGCCAUGAAGCACUAUUUCGAAAAUAUUGAACGGGUGAAACCAUACAUUAUGGCCACUUUCCUCGAUCCUAGGUUCAAAGACAUGCAUUUCUCGACUAUCGUCAAAAGCUCUGAGGUUAUCUCUCUCGUAGAACGUGAGCUCAAGGAAGUUUUGAGAGGGGAGAAGAACCGGCGGGAGGCCGAGGUACUAGCCAUGCAGGCCGGCGCCCGAGAGGAAGUGACAACUGAUCCAGACAAUCUUUGGGCACUCCACGACUCCGCCGCCGCCAGUCGGACGUCGUAUGGGGAAGAUGAAACUGUCGGCCUCCCCCUGCAACUUCGGGAGUACAAGAGGAAGUCUGUGCUCAGCAGGGAAGGCGACCCCUUUCAGCAGUGGGCAGUACUGAAGGAGGACACCCCCGAGCUGUACACCGUGGCGCUGAGAUACCUUGACUCUUAUCUCUUCCUCAGUCGCCUCGGAGUCAUACUUCUCCCUCGCGGGCUCAAUCGCCUCACCCAAGCGAAGCCGGCUGACUCCUCACCAUCUCGCAAUGAUUGCUUUCCUAGGUUCCUUAGACAUUAA